AUGCCUCACCUCCGAAUAUUGACCUGGGAUGAAAAUGCCUACAAGUACAAUAUUAUGACGGACAUUGAUUUCGAAGGCACCCUUGAAGGCCUGGCCAGGCUCCCCAAUUUCGAUAUCAUAGAUUCUCCUAUCCCUUUUCCGGAGUUAGAUAAACUUCAUAUCAUUCAUUUCACACCUGCAAAUGCUGGACUCUUCCAUCGCCUGUACAAACAAAUGGCCAGUAUCAAGGUAUUGGCCCUGGGACCAGGGUCGUUGAAUGAGUAUGAUGAGUUGGUAAUCGCACUGCUCCCCGCGUCCCACAGACUGGUGGAUUUGCCUCUCCCUAGACUUCGGACCCCGAUCAUAUUUAAUGUUCGAAAGGACAUUGUGUGGUGCGUCGUACUAGAACGACUGCCACUUGCUGGUCCAUUGGAGGAGCUGUACUAUCAAAACUUGGAAGAGUACUAUAAAGAGGAGCAGGAGCAGGAGCAGGAGCAAGAUGAGAGCGUGCCAGAUGAUUGGCAAGAUCAAGUGGAGAAAUACUAUCGUAUCGGUCAGAGAUCUGAACGUUAUUGCGAUGUAGUUGUCAGGCAGUGGUCAUAUUUAGCCUAG